CCGCCCGCGCACCACGCGCCGUCGUCCCAUUCGAAUUUCGAACUUCGAAGUUCGCGCAUCUGUGCAACUUGUGUUCGUGAUUUCAGUAAAACAGUUCGUUUAAUGCCGUGAACGUGUUAAUGGAAGUUUGAUUUGAAUUUUGGAUUGCGUGGAAUGAUUUUGUUAAAGUGCACGCUUUGAGGAUUUGGUUCGGACAUAUCGGGUUCCCUCCGUGCGUGAACACCGGAGGGACAUGGUCGUUAACACGUUCGCGUCUCGGACGUGCGGCGACGUGGGCGCAUGACGGCUGACGCAAGAUGGCGCGCGCGAGCUUGAUGGUGGUGCUAUGCGCUGCAAUGUUUCCCGUGCACCGGGCAGAUAACCUUGAACUCCUUCUCGGCACCCUCCGCACGCACCAAAAGGCUGCCUGCGACGAGGAGAUGGUGACCCUCAUCUGCCCUCGAGGGACCACCAUCAGCAUCCAAGUGGCGCAGUACGGCGCGUCUGCCUCCCAGAGUUCCUGUGCAUCAGAGCUGGCUGAGUACCAGCCGGUGGCUGUCGAAGUGGUGGGAGACACGUCGUGUGCGUGGCCUAGCGCUUUGCAGUAUUCCUUGUUGCAGACGGUGGUGGAAGCGUGUCAGAAGAAGCGGCAGUGCAAGUUUCAUACAAGCCCCAAGGCGUUCGGGGUCGACCCCUGCCCCGGGUCGAGGAGGUUCGUGGAAGUCGCCUACAAAUGCCGUCCUUAUGAAUUCCGGAGUAAAGUCGGCUGUGAGAACGACGUCCUUCAUCUCAGCUGUAACCCACACUCAAGAGUCGCCAUCUACUCGGCGCAGUAUGGGCGGACGGAGUAUGACUCCAUACAGUGCCCGCAGCCUAGAGGAAUGAUGGAAGAAACAUGCCUGGAGCCGUACGCCACGGAGACAGCGAUGCGGGAGUGCCACGGAAAGAGGAGGUGCGUCCUCUCAGCAGACAGCAACAUGUUCGGAAAGCCCUGCAGAGUCGGCAGCAGAACCUACCUAAAAGUCGUGUACACCUGUGUUCCCCGCACGGUCCUGAAGGAGAGAUACGAAAGUGCUCCAGAGGAGGAUGAGGUCGCCCAUGACGUGUCUGAUAUUGAACACGAAGAUGUCGAUGAUUCCGGUGACCGGUGGUGGGUGGAGUCAGCAGUGCCUCCAGCCCCAGCGGUAGCAGCUGUGCCUCCUCAGAGACCUUCGAUGUCCACCAGCAUCAACGCCACAAGCAUCAUCAGAAACUCUCCUUCAGCAUCACCACCAAGACACCACCUCUCGAAAGAUGAACCGUUCGACAUGAUGUAUGUCUACAUCAUAGCAGCUGUUGCCGUCUCGCUCCUCCUCUGCAGUAUGGUAGGUGUAGUCCGAUGUCUGGUACACAGGAGAAGCAUAGAACAGCCUAAAGGCCCUGACGUCUCAGCCACCACAGAAAUCCCCAACGGAUUCAACGACAGCAUAUCAGAAGUUGACAAUGACAUCAACAUCACCAGCUUAUCAGGUCCAGUCGACACCGUCGACUCCGGUCUCAAACCUGAGAUGCAGUUCACAAAUGUCGCUCUCAGCCCCAAGAUUAACAGAUACGUCGGCAGACCAGUCCCCAACACGUACCCACACGUCAGUACCAACAUGUACGGACAGGUCGCCGAAUACCCUAUAGAAAUGCCACUCCGAACCAUGCCCCAUGGGACGUUGGGACGUGGAGUUGCCGUCAAAACCCUACCUAGAGUGCAAGUGCAAAACGAAACCGACCCUAACACCCGGAGUUUAUAUCGAUAUUCGAACGCGCAGUACUACUUCGGGUGACAACAAGACAAUGCCCAGUGUUCGGACGUAUCGAGGACUUACUGUUUCUAGUUCAGUCGUAGUGAAGUGUAAAUAGACUAGACGUUUGUAAUGUCCUACUUUUAAUACGGAAACUGUGAUAUUAAUUGAAACUUUCCUAUUAACGGGCCGUUCGUGAAAUAUGGACACGGGAGGCGGUGCUACAGGCCGUGAAUCAGUUACGUCUUGUCGUUAGUGAGGGGAAGCACUCGAGUCUUCUUAAUUAAUUCCUUGACUUUACUCUUAAUUAUUGAGUUUAGAAAUCGUAUUUUAAUAAUAAGAGAAUUCCAAUUCGAAUACGAGUUAUUUACCAAUGUGUGCAAUUUCGUAUGCGAAUCGCAGUUCCAAUACUUCAAAAAUAUAUCUUCAAGUCUUUCGUGACUGACAAAUUACAUCUUUUGUUUUUGGUUUAACUUCUUCUGAUAAUUUAAGACUCAUUUCAGUAAUUCAGUGAACAUAAAACUGUUUAUCGAUAAUGGCAUAAAUACUCGAGUGCGUCCCAACACUACUUGUCGACCUUUGUCUAGAAGUUACACCUCUAAUGACCGUAGUUAAAAAAGUUCUCCGGGAAGUUGAAUCGGGGUAUAUUCUCCUUUUGUGAAGUAAAAACUGCGGGUAGUCGGAAGUUAGCGUUUCGACUCCAAUUUUAAAUGGUAUUUUACGUUAACCUCUUCACUCUCGUUAGCUUUUCAUGAAAUAUAUUUCAUUGUUGGUUUGUUAUUAAAUAACAGAUUGUUAAAUUAUUUCAAAACCCUUUUGUGUAAGUAAAAAAAUUACGUAAGUUGACGUUACAUUGUGUAAAAUGAAAGUUACGUUACUUAAAAUUAACGUUAGAUUUUCUUAAAUGAUUUGAAAAGCGACUUCUUGUGUCCAUGGUUUCAAAAUACUAUAAGAGUUGAGAUGUUGUGAAAAUAAUUUAUGAUUGGUUAAAAUUUAGUGUUAUAGUUUAAACUAAGUUUAAAUAGUGGUUUUAUGCAAACGUGUUGUAUGAAUAAAUAAGACAGCAAUAAGUUUGUCUGAAACCAAAUCAAUUAUUACUAAAGAUGCCUAAAUUUUAAAUUGUUUGGUAACGAUAGCGAAUUUAAAUAAGUUUACGUUGGUUUUUAUAAAACUGUAAAAUUUUGUUUAUAAAGCAUUUGUUUAGAAUCAUUUUACAAAAAUGACGGUAUGUUUGAACAUAAUAAUAAAAUGUUUUCUAAAUGACUGACUAUAUGCCUAUCCAAAUCACGUUAGUUGGUAUUUUUAAGUAUGAAAAUAAUCUGUGUACAGAUAAAUUUUUAUGUGGUACAUUGAUUUAAUAAAGUUAAUGCACAAAAUGUA